UUGUCAAUUUUUGGUUCAAUAAUAACCAUACAGUCACUAAUCCUUUUUUAUUCUUUUCAUCAAAAAUGUCAGUUUUGUUAGUUCUCUUUCAAUUUUCAUUUUUGUGUGUUUCAGUUCGAAAUUUCCGCCAUCAGCAUAUGAUAAGUUUGUCGUUCCUCGUCACUUUUUUGGUGACGUGGUUAUUGGUGAUAACAGUUGCAACGGAAAUGUGAGUAAAAAUUGUAUCGUUUGGGUUAUGUUUAGAACUUUGUAUACGACUUUUUCAGUGAUUUUUUUAAAAGUUCUUCGUAAUUUGUUUAUCAGUUGUCGAAAAUGAUAAAACAAAAAGUUGUCUAUCCACAUACAAACUAUGUACAGUAAUCCGCAAACACUUUUAUUCAGAAAUUCUCCCACAAACUUUACUGAAGAAGAAGUUGGUAGUGGUGAAUCAUGGUCGAAUGAUAUUCCAACUUUAACUGGAGAAGAACCUGAUAUUUUACGAAGUACAGUACCAAAAACAAUAUCAAAAAGAGCAACUAAUGUAUUUGUAAGUUAUUCGAAUGUUUUCUGCUCAAAUUUUAUACAAUUUUUAUUUUUUUUUUUUAGUAUAAUGGAAUUUUGGAUCGCGAAUUCUUCUCAAUUUUCACUUAUUUGAAACCAAUAAUUCCAAAAAAUGCUGUUAUUCCAUUAAAUCGACAAUUACAACGAGGUUCCGGAAUUCCACAAUCACAAUAUAUUGCAUUAUGGAAACCACGUGGAAAUGCUCCACAUUGGGGAACUAUUUCAGUUAAUUCGGCUGGAAAAUUAGAUGGAACUUUUGUGAAAGAUAAUCGAAUUUAUAAUUUAUCGAAUCCAGAUUUGCAAUCAACACCAGUUCGAUUAUUACAAUAUGUUGGAAGUGAAACAACAAAUAAUUUCAGGUGAGAAAAUUACUUACAAUCUUGUUAGUUUUUUGGAUUUUACAGAAAAAAAAAUUAAAAAUGACGUAAUCAUAGGUGUCAACAGAAACAGAAAUUUCAAAUUAUUGAAAUGUUUUUCAAGAGAACUUCAUGAACAAUAUUUUUGGAUUACUGUAGGUUGAAAAACAUUUUAAAUUUAUGACGUCAUGAUUGUGCAUAUAUGUGUCAAUAAAAUACACUUCAAAAUUAUUAAUAUGUUUCGUGAGAUACAAACAUUUCGGAACUCGAAGGUUACUGUGUGAUGAUAAAUCUUUUAGAAGUUAUAUUAUUCUCAUUAUGUAAGAAUUGUGUCAACAAAAACAUACAUUCCAGAUUAUUAAGAUGGUUUUUCAUAAUUACUGUAGGAUGUUUUACUGAUAAGAAAAACUAAUUGCUGUAAAAAUCAUUUUUAUAUAAAAAAUUGUAAAAAUUUGAGGUUUUUUGGGAAGCAUUUGUUUAGUUUGUUUACGGGAAAUUCCUGGAUCCUAAAUUAAAAAAUGAUAAACUUUGAAAUUUUGAAAGUAUAAAAAAACUAUGUUUCCAGAUUUGCAUGGAUAAAAGCACUUGAUGCUGAUUUGGCAACAGUUGUAUCAGAAAAAGAAUUGAAUUUAUGUAGUGCUAGAAUGGCUCCAGCUGUUUUAAGAGAACAAGGAUUCGAAUUUCUCGGAGAAGCAAAUAUCGAUACUCGAACAAUGUAUUAUGUUGAUAAUGGAAUGAUACAUUCUGUUAAAAAUGUAAUGUUUUUUCUUUUGUUAAAUCAAAAUUCAUUUAAAACCAGAAGAAAUAAGAGAUCAGAAAAAUACACGUAAAACCCAAAAAAUAAAAUGAAAAUCCUAAUAAUGAUAAUGAUAUUUUGCAGGAUUUGUAUACAAAUAAUGUAUAUCUACUAAUAAAACAGCAAUGUCAAUGCUCUUGUCCAAUAACAAAUUAUUAUUAG